AUUUCUGGGCAGAGGAAGAAGAAACAGGUACGUGUGGUAUACGAAGCUCAACUGCGAUUAAGCUUUUGUGUUCCGGUUCCGUAGUCGGUGCUCGUAGCGAGGCAAUCUCGCCCAAAUCAGCUACCGUUCAACUGGAUAUUCCGAUUUGAUAGCGAUCUGUACUGGCAAAUCCCACGACAAAGCUUGCAAUUUUCUUUGACGAAACAGUUUUCUCGUGAGAAGUCCGUCGAUUCUUCGCUUCAUGCGUCGUUGAGAUCAGAAGACGACGCCAGCUUGAAUUUCUUGCCCUAACCUCGGGAACUUGUCUUUCGGAUUCUGAUUGUGUCGUGUUUGUCCAAUGUGUUGACAGGUUCUUGCAAUUCUCACCGCGAAAUGUUCAAGAACACUUUCCAAUCCGGGUUCUUAUCCAUAUUAUACAGCCUCGGGAGCAAGCCCUUACAGAUUUGGGACAAAGAAGUUGUUAAUGGUCAUGUAAAACGACUACAAGAUGAAGACAUUCAGUCAAAUGUCCUUGAGAUUGUCGGCUCGAAUAUUCAAUCCGCGUACAUCACAUGCCCUCCAGAUCCAGCUGCAACACUUGGUAUUAAACUGCCAUUCUUGGUGGUGAUUGUGAAGAAUCUGAAGAAGUACUUUACCUUUGAGAUUCAAGUGCUGGACGACAAGAACGUCAGGCGGCGCUUCCGUGCUUCUAAUUUUCAAGCUGUGACUCGAGUAAAGCCAUAUAUUUGUACCAUGCCAUUGAAGAUGGAUGAAGGAUGGAAUCAGAUCCAGUUGAAUCUUGCUGAUCUCACCAGAAGAGCAUACGGAACCAACUAUGUUGAGACAUUGAGAGUGCAGGUACAUGCAAACUGCCGUAUAAGAAGAAUCUAUUUCUCGGACCGCCUUUACUCUGAAGAGGAACUUCCACCGGAAUUUAAACUCUAUCUUCCCAUGCAGAAAAGUUGAGGAACUUUGGGAGAAAAAUUCCAGAUCAAUUACUCAUGACACAGGCAGAGACCCCUCAAAUCAUGUCACUAGAGAUAUGGGUUUUAGCUUGAUGGGAUGUGGUCAAAAGCUUGAGCUUCUAUAAGCGUAUUCAAUGUAGUAGUUACGGAUGUCUUUUUCCCUCCUGCCAACAGUUAGGAUUAUGGAUUUUCAUUCUUAUGUUUAGGCUUAUUGGAGCAGUUAUUUUGCACCAAUAUAUGAUGAUGAUAUAGAGUGCUCCUACCAGACUCUCUGGCCUAUGCUCUUGAUAUUUUCCGCAGGCAUCAUGCCACUUUGGUGUUAAGUUCGCAUUGAGGUCUCCGAUUGUUGAUAUAG